AUGUCCUCCUCCCUCCUCCGUACGACGCCUCUCCUGCGCGCCGGCCUUCGCGCCCGUGCCGCAAAGCCUCUCGCCGCCAUGGCCACCACAAGCUUCACCCGCGGCAAGGCUACUCUCCCCGAUCUGCCUUACGACUACGGCGCGCUCGAGCCCUACAUCUCCGGCCAGAUCAUGGAGCUCCACCACUCCAAGCACCACCAGACCUAUGUCAACGGCUUCAACGCUGCCGUCGAGGCCCUCGCCGAGGCUGAGGCCAAGGGCGACUCUAAGGCUGCCGCUUCUCAGGCACCUCUGCUCAACUUCCACGGCGGUGGUCACGUCAACCACUCCCUCUUCUGGGAGAACCUCGCACCCAACGGCAAGGGCGGUGGUGGUGAGCCUGAGGGCAAGCUUUUGACUGCCAUCAACCAGGACUUUGGCUCCUUCGAGAACCUCAAGAAGCAGACCAACGCUGCCCUCGCCGGCAUCCAGGGCUCCGGCUGGGCCUGGAUCGUCAAGGACAAGGCUUCCGGUAACCUCACCCUCGUCACCCGCGCCAACCAGGACCCUGUCACCGGCAACUUUGAGCCCCUGCUGGGCAUCGACGCCUGGGAGCACGCUUACUACCUCCAGUACCAGAACCGCAAGGCCGAGUACUUCAGCGCCAUCUGGGAUGUUAUCAACUGGGGAACCGUUGCCAAGCGAUUUGGACAGUAG